AUGGCGCCAGUCGAUACAGUCGCAUCUACGCGCAGCAACUCACUCCCCAUCGCUAUCUUCGGCGGCCAAGUGCUCCUCGUUACAGUCCUCACAGCUCGUGUACUUCUCACUACUCGACGCGCCGCCAAAUCUCAGCCACCAUCAACGCGCACGCGCUCACAAGACUCGGCUCGCCGCCGCCAUGCCGUCACCUUCUCCAUCAUUGCGCUUCUCUCACUACUCUCCGUCGGCAGCUUUGCCUUCCUCUGGCGCGCUAUCUCCUACGUGCGAUGGGCUGGAGAGAAUACACAUGACAUUCCAGGUAGUCUCUGGAGUGGCUGGUAUGGCACUGGCGAGGAAGGGAGAUGGUAUCUAGCCGACUGGAUCGCGGACAUCGAUCUCGUGCGCGAGUUUGACAAAGUUGGAAUAAUGAAACCGGAGGGGUUUCUGUAUACUAGCCAGUAUUUCGUUGGACUGAUCGCAAGCUCCAUAUUCAUGGGCGCUGAAGGGUACUCUUUGAGCUUGUUCUUCAUCACCAUCUUGUAUACGCCUUUGACCAUACACCACGAUGAUACCCCGUUACACGACGCGCUGUUCACACCAUAUGCUUUCGUAUACGACACUGGCAUCGUUGCGUCGCUCAUUACUCUGAAUCUCUUUCCACAACUAGUCUCCGAGUUCGGCGACAAGAGCAUGAUGCGACUCGGAUACCUGGCCAUGCCACUUGCCUUUGCAUUUGCGCCACAGUUGGUUCCCUACGCACUGGGUCAUCAGCAUACGUCUAAAGCAGCGGCUCAUAGAUCAUACGUCAAAGUCUUCCACGCGCUAUCAAUUGCCUCUAUCCUCGUAUACUGGCGUGUGUGGACUACUCUGGUGUACGUCAACAGACCUGCCCAGCGCUCCCACGUUUGGGAUCUCUUCGCGAAUUCUAUUGCUAAGAGCGAUUCGGCGAAUGCAAACAGGCUUCUCGCAAGUAUCAGCAACGCGGGCCAAGCUCUCAAGCACAUCAGCAUGCACCCGGCUAUCAGUGUCACCAGCCUCGACGUCCUCUUUGCUGCCAUCAGCUUGCUGACGUGGACUUUCACGCGCGAUCUAGAUGUGCAUGCGAUCCUAGAAAGCAGCAUACUUUCUUUUCUCGUUCCCACCCAUGAGAAGCACGUCACAUUCAAGCAAGACCUGGCAAGAGUGAUGGAGCAUGCGAGCGAGCCCUCGUCCCCAAUAGAGCCUCUUACGCCGAGGAAGCCUGGGCGCCCGGCAAAGAAGGCUGACGUAAAUGGUACAUCCACUUCCGCAUCCACGAGUGCGUCUCUCAGACGCAGCACACGAGGGAAAGCGCGCACUUCAGAUGUGGAUUCUGACGCAGGCUCAUUUGCUGGUGACCCUGAUGCUACAUACCAACCAACAGAGCAGACCAAGCGCGCUAUACAGGGAAUGGAGUCAGACGGCUCCGCGCCUGAGGGCGAUCUAGUUCACGCGGGAGAGUCGACUGCACUAGCUAUGUUUCUUGUCUUCUUCGGUGGACUGGGUCAAUUAGCUGCGGGUACGCUGGGUGCCGAGGUGACAGGACCGCGAGACUGA